UUAAGUUUUAGAGAACACUUUAUAGGUUAUCUGAUAUUCAUAUCUAAUGUUAUUGAAAUUCUGAAAUGGAUAAAACUGAUGACUAUGAAAUUGAUCUUGAGGUACCAUUCCAAAGUCACAGAAUCGCAGAAAUUGCUUAUGAUGUAUUGAGAGUAGAUAAAGAACCUGCUAGAAGUGGUGUUACCAAGGUUUUACGGGUAGAGGAGGACAAAUUAAUAGCGCAUUUCUCUGCUACCCUGCCAAAGCAAUUGCGGGUGGCAGUAACUGGAUUUUUCGAAAAAUUGCAACUAAUAUCUGAAACUAUCGAACUUUUAGGACCUCCACUUAGUAACGAGUACAAUUACUAUUAACAAUGCCAGAGCAUACUCCUGCACCAACACCAAGUAGAGCUGUGUAUGGUUUUGUUAUGUAUCUUUCCUUUAGAAUAUUUUUCAUAGUUUAUGUUAUUUGGGCUGUCUUACCAGAGAAGUAUUUCAAAGCAGUUGGUAUAACAUUUCUUCCUCAGAGACAUUGGGCAAUAACAGUACCUGUUUACUUGUUAACAGUGCUCACUAUUGUUGCGUUUGUUAUUUAUCCAAGUUUAGGUCUUUGUAUGACACCAACGGUUGACGAUAUGAGGACGAUCAAAGAUAAAGUGGGGAGUAAAAAGAGACAUACUAAGGUACAUUUAGAUGGAGGAAGUAAUGGUAUAAGUACAAGUUGUGUAUGUAAAGAAAAAGAUAAAUGUUCUAAGCAAUUAUAUAAUAAAAUACAGCAUACAUUUGUAAAUAACACUAUUCCUAUUUUACAUGAUUUGGAAAUAUGGGAUGUAUCAGAUCACUUGUAUUUAAAUAGUUAGCAUUAGAUAGGUUUUUAUAUAUGUUAAAAAUUCAAAUAAACCAUUUUUUGGAA